AUGCCCUGUCGUGCCAUGCCCUACUGCCCGCCCCCCUCCCCCCACUGCGCCCAUUCCCUCCCCCAUUGCGCCCCAUUCCCUCCCCCACUGCACCCCAUUCCCUCCCCCACUGCGCCCCAUUCCCUCCCCCACUGCGCCCCAUUCCCUCCCCCACUGCACCCCAUUCUCACGGCAGGUAUCAGUGAAGGACAUUCCGCGUUUGCCAGUGGAGCAGGUGCAGCAGAUCCGAGAGCAGGUGGAGGGCGAGGUGAAGAUGCUCGCCAACUCCCUCGCCUCCCUGUGCCCUGCCUUUCCCCCUCCGCCCUCUCAUGUCCCCCUCGGCCGUGUUGUGCCUCCCUCCGCCUUGCCCCGCCCUGCCCACAGAUAUCAGUGAAGGACAUCCCGCGGCUGCCAGUGGAGCAGGUGCGGCAGAUCCGAGAGCAGGUGGAGGGCGAGAUAUCGGUAAAGGACAUUCCGCGUCUACCAGUGGAGCAGGUGCGGCAGAUCCGAGAGCAGGUGGAGGGCGAGGUGAAAAUGCUCAGCGACUCCCUCGCCUCGCUGCGUGCUGCCCUUGCCCGCAUCGAUGCCUCGCGCGCUGCAGUGGAAGCCAUGGCGAAACAACAGGAAGGUCAGAGCAUGCUGGUGCCCCUCACCGGCUCCAUGUACAUCGCUGGGACCGUCGCUGAGCCCUCCCACGUGCUCAUUGACGUCGGCGCCGGCUACUAUAUCGAGAAGUCAGUGGAGGAGGCGAUGGGGUACUGCAUGCGCAAGGCGGAGCUGCUCAGAGCCAACCACGACAAGUUCAGUGAGGUGGCACGCGCCAAGAGGCAGCUACUGGAGGAGGUGACGAUGGUGCUGCAGGCCAAGGUGAGGGCAGCCGUGCAGCAGCAGGGCGGGGGAGCAGCAGGUGCCGCAGGGGGGCCAGCACAGGCAGGCAGGAUACAGGCAGCUGCCUCGUGA